AUGGACCGAAUGGUUAACCUUCCUCGUGGCUAUGGAUAUAUUGAAUUCAAGAAGAGAGAUGAUGCUCAGAAGGCUUUUCUUUACAUGGAUGGUGGUCAAAUUGACGGAAAUGUUGUUAAGUUGAGAUUCACUCUUCAACCACGCCAAAGGGCUGCAUCACCUAUGAAAGCUCCGCCCCCUCCUCCAAAAAGAGACGCUCCCCAGAUUGAAAAAGGUGUUAGCAGUGCUGAAAAGGAUGCCCAGCAGCAUCCUAGGGAAUGGGACGAGGGCCUCCGUUGA